AUGGCCGGAGAAAAAUCGACGCCCCUGCUGAAAGAUGAGCUUGAUAUAGUGAUACCCACCAUCAGAAACCUCGAUUUCCUCGAGAUGUGGCGGCCCUUUUUCGAGCAGUACCAUCUAAUCAUAGUCCAGGAUGGUGACCCUUCACAAAACAUCAAAGUCCCCGAGGGUUUCGAUUACGAGCUCUACAACCGCAAUGAUAUUAACAGAAUUCUUGGCCCGAAAGCCUCCUGCAUCUCCUUUAAGGACUCUGCCUGCAGGUGCUUUGGGUACAUGGUCUCUAAGAAGAAGUACAUUUACACCAUUGAUGACGAUUGCUUUGUGGCCAAGGACCCAUCCGGGAAAGACAUAAACGCUCUCGAGCAGCACAUAAAGAACCUCUUGUCUCCAUCCACUCCCCAUUUCUUCAAUACUCUAUAUGAUCCGUAUAGGGAAGGUGCCGACUUUGUUCGUGGUUAUCCUUUUACUUUACGUGAGGGUGUACCCACUGCCGUCUCUCAUGGUCUCUGGCUCAACAUCCCCGAUUAUGAUGCGCCAACUCAGCUUGUCAAGCCCCGUGAGAGGAAUACCAGAUAUGUGGAUGCAGUUUUGACGAUUCCCAAGGGAACCAUCUUCCCGAUGUGUGGUAUGAAUUUGGGUUUCAAUCGGGAUUUGAUCGGGCCCGCUAUGUACUUUGGGCUCAUGGGCGAUGGUCAGCCGAUCGGGCGGUAUGACGACAUGUGGGCCGGCUGGUGCACCAAGGUGAUAUGUGACCAUUUGAACCUGGGAGUGAAGACAGGUCUGCCCUACAUAUGGCACAGCAAAGCCAGCAACCCGUUUGUGAACCUGAAAAAGGAGUACAAAGGGAUCUACUGGCAGGAACAGAUCAUCCCGUUUUUCCAGUCAAUUAUUCUCCCGAAAGAAUGCACAACAGUCCAGCACUGCUACAUUGAGCUGGCCAAGCAAGUCAAGGACAAACUUUCGGCCAUUGAUCCUUACUUCACAAAGCUGGCGGAGGCCAUGGUGACGUGGAUUGAGGCUUGGGACGAGCUCAACCCUUCUGGGGAUGCCCCGGCUAAGCUCCCCAAUGGCAACAAGAAAUAG